AUUCAGAUUCAGAUUCAGUCGUGUUCGGUCGCAGUGCACACUGCACAGUGUUUGACGCGCAGUCGAAGGAGGCCAGUCGAAGCGAGCACAAGAUGCCGAUGUUGGGUGGGCAAUGAAUCUCAAUCGCGGCGUUCGUUAACGUAAACGGGUAUAUGUAUAAUGUGAGUAGUGGCGAAUCGGCGGGUCGUGAUAUGGUGCACAGUCGAGUCGUAAUCGAGAUUCGUAAAAGAAACGCGCGCGGUAAUGUGAGCGGAAAGUAGAAAAAUAGAAGGCGAAGAAAAAAGUGCAGUGACUCGACAGUUGAUCGGUGGUACAAGCAGAAAGUGAGGCCCUUCGUGUUGUAUACACACGUAAUGAUAGACUGACACGAUCAUCGAUUCGAGUACAGAAAGCACCACAGAUUCAGGAAAAUGGAUCAUCAGCAGGCCGGUCGGAAGCAGCCGACGAAUUCGUCGGAAGUGGCGAGAGCCAACGAGGAGUUCGAUCUGUUUUGCAACGCGGCUACCCUCAAGUCCAUCCUCGCGCACUACAGGCAUCUAUGCGAUCUGCUCAAGAUCAGACCGAACACGUUCAAUCAGUUCUACCCGAAAUUGAAAGGAAAACUGCGAUCGUGGAAGGCGCAGGCACUCUGGAAGAAAUUCGAUCAGCGAGCCAACCACAAGUGUUACAAUCGUGGCAAGGCAUGUCCCAAUACCAGGGUACUGAUCAUCGGAGGCGGUCCUUGUGGACUUCGCUCGGCGAUAGAGGCGCAGCUAUUAGGUGCUAAGGUCGUCGUUGUUGAGAAAAGAGACCGGAUGUCGAGGAACAAUGUUCUCCAUCUUUGGCCUUUCGUCAUUCAAGACCUCCGUGCUCUUGGAGCGAAAAAGUUCUUCGGAAAAUUUUGCGCUGGCUCUAUCGAUCACAUCAGCAUCAGGCAGCUUCAGUGUAUAUUGCUGAAAGUCGCUUUGAUUCUCGGCGUCGAGUUCCACGAGAGUGUCAGCUUCGAUUCGUUGAUACCGCCACCGGAGAGCCAGGAAGAAGGCAAAAUUGGUUGGAGGGCAAAAACUACUCCUGUCGAUCAUCCAGUUUCCCAAUACGAGUUCGACGUUUUAAUUGGCGCCGAUGGCAAGAGGAACACUUUGGACGGUUUCAAGCGCAAGGAGUUUCGCGGUAAAUUGGCUAUUGCUAUUACGGCCAAUUUCAUAAACAAACGAACCGAGGCGGAGGCACGAGUGGAAGAAAUCAGUGGGGUGGCGUUCAUCUUCAAUCAGAAAUUCUUCAAGGAGCUGUAUCAGGAAACUGGCAUAGAUUUAGAAAACAUCGUGUACUACAAAGAUGACACUCACUAUUUCGUUAUGACUGCCAAGAAGCAUAGUCUCAUAGACAAAGGAGUCAUUUUGCAAGACCAUGCGGAUACAGCGAAAUUGCUCGCGAAAGAGAACGUGGAUCGCGAAGCGCUGAUGCUAUACGCUCGCGAGGCAGCCGAAUUCUCCACUGAAUACCAAAUGAUGGACAUGGAAUUCGCGGUGAACCAUUACGGUCAGCCAGACGUAGCUAUGUUCGACUUCACGUCCAUGUACGCGGCGGAGAACGCCAGCCGAGUUUUGGAGCGUCAUGGUCAUCGGUUGCUCAUGAUCCUCGUCGGUGAUAGCUUGCUCGAGCCGUUCUGGCCAACUGGCUCAGGUUGCGCGAGGGGGUUUUUAAGUUCGUUAGAUGCUUGUUGGGCAAUCAAAGGGUGGGGCGCGAGUAUCUCACCAUUGGAAGUGAUCGCUGAGCGAGAAUCCAUUUAUAGAUUACUUGGACAAACGACACCUGAAAAUUUGAACAGGGAUUAUGCCGCAUAUACGCUGGACCCUCAUACUAGGUAUCCCAAUUUGAACGUAUCCUCUGUAACCCCGAUACAAGUACGGAGUUUACUGGAUACAGACGACCCCGAAAGCAUCAAACAGCCUCUUGUACAGACCGAUAUCGAUAUACCUAAGAAACGACGCCGUCGAGAUUUGCGAGGUGAGUCGCAAGUACACCCGGACACCCUGCUUCGCUGGCUGCAGAAGCAAGUUGCUCUCUACGACUCGGUCCGAAUAGAAGACAUGGGUGCCUCGUUUAAGAACGGUCUUGCUAUUUGCGCGAUUAUUCAUAGAUACCGUCCGAACCUAAUAGACUUCCACAGUUUAAACCCUGACGACGCAGUUACGAACAAUCAGUUGGCCUUCGACAUUUUGGAAAAAGAACUGGGCAUAUCUCCUAUAAUGACGGGAGAAGAGAUGGCUCAAUGCGACGUGCCCGACAAGCUCGCUAUGUUUUCCUACCUCACUCAGAUAUACGAUGUGUUUCGCGGUGAAAUCCCGUAUAUUAAACAUCCGAAAUUAGAACCUGAAAAUGAAGAGAGGCCCGCGCAUAGUAAGCAAUUGAGUCAGUUGACGCCUGACCAAAAGGUUCAGUUGAUCGUCAAGCAAGACGGUGCGACGAGAACGAGACACUCACGAUCGCGAUAUAACGAAAACUUGAACCCCGCGGACAAGAAAGGGGAUACGAUUAGCCGACGAUCUCGUAAGAGACGAAGCACUGAGAAGAUGGGAGCGACAGUGGAGGAGAGACAGAAGAGACUCGCUGAGAUCGAGAAAAAUCGCGUGGAACGUAUGAGACGGCGGCAAUAUUUACGAAAAAUGGCCACGCAGCAAUUCUACAAAAGUAUGCAAAUGCUGCAAGCGAAUGCGAAACGCGAGAAAGACGAGCCGUUCGAAGAUUACUCAAUAUUCUUGUAUCGACAAACGGCACCGGAUUUUAAGGAUAGAGUGAAAUCCUUAGAGCAGAAAAUAUUAUAUCCAGACAGAGAACCCAAGAUACACGCUGGCCAUCAUAGAAACAGCGUAGACGAGGAAUUCUCUGGUAGAAUAAAAAGUAUCGAGGACAAACUGAAGGGAUCGACCCCUGCUGAAAAGAAGCCUAAAGAUCUUCUACGUGCGAUUGGUAAGAUCGAGAAAACCGAUUGGAACGUGAAAGAGAUCGAGAAGAAAAUUGAAGAGAGUAAAACAAAUCGUUCGGUACGACACGACAAAGUGGAACGGGUGCCGAAAUGGAGUCGAGAGCAGAUGUGUAUAUGCUUGAUUCAGUUUUUAGCUCGACAAAUCAAGAUGGAGAAGAAGGGACGGGAUCAGAAGGAGACAGAUAGUAAGUACGCUGAUAUUGACAAUACCCUGAAGAAUAUUGACAGGAAGAUCAAAGAGGGUAAUGUCCUCGGUUACAAUAAAGUCUCGGCUAUGGCCGAACAGUUUUCGAAUAAAGGUCAGGACACGGAACCCAAGGUGCAGAAAUCGAACACUAAAUCCACGAUAGCAUUACCUACGCAAGGAGGCUCAGAGACGUGUCAUUUUUGCAAUAAAAGAGUUUACUUGAUGGAGAGACUUAGUGCCGAAGGGAAAUUUUUCCAUCGAGGCUGUUUCCGUUGCGAAUAUUGUUCUACCUCAUUAAGAAUAGGAAAUCAUACGUUUGACCGAGAUAAAAAUGGAGGUCGAUUUUACUGUACACAACAUUUCGGUUUCCCAGGAACGCUUAAAGCUCGUGUAGAAAAGAAGAAAAUCACAUCGAUAAACAAGGAAAACAUACCUACUUCGCCUCUACAUUUAAAAUCACCAGAAAAAGCAAAAAUAUCUUUAGAAGGCGUCGUCGGUUUAGAUUUACUUGAUCGCGGACAAACUCCGGAAAGAAUAGAAUUCGAGAACUUGGCUGGUAUAUCGGACCCUGAAGAACCUCAAAGUCAGAUGGACGAAGACGAAUGGACGGACAGGAAUUUCGGUGCCUCUACUGCGGAAAUGGGCUCCAGUGAUGAUAUCUCUGACAUGAGUGAUUCCGAUGAAGACAACGAAGUGUAUGAAGAGGCAAUCGAUCAGCCGUUGACAACAGAAGGCACUCUUGAACUCGCUAAGAAUUGGACGUUGCGAUACUCUCAUCCGCAUGCUGCAAUGGGGCAAUCUGACACCGGAAGCAACGAAUACGAAGAUUCUAGUGAUGAAUAUACAAACGAAGACGAUGAGAGCACGACGGCCACCGAAGAUGAAGACGACAUACACGCAAGAGAGCUUCGAAGGCAGGAAGUCUGGCUGAAGAAUCCAACGCGUAGCUCCGAUACAGACACCGGUUCGGAAACGGAGGUAGCUUCUAACGAAGAAACGUCUGAGGAGAGUGAAGAAAAUUCUGCUACGGAAAUAUCAACGGAUUCUGAAUUUGAACAUGAUGGUGCGACCCCCACGCAGCACGAGAUUCCGGAAAUAACGAUCAACGAUUCAUACGUCCGUAAGACCAGAGGAAAUUACGUCGAGCCGAAGAAAGUCCAAGUGAAAAGUAAAGUUAUCUCGUCGAUCAAUGGGAAUUUGAAACAAGAAAAAGAUGUAGACACGAAAUCGCAAUUAAAAACGAAUUAUAGUUCGAAUCUGUGUCGCCCCGAGAAGGAAAGCAACACGACUUUAUUAGGAUCCAACGUGAAUAGAGUUCCAUUGAUAAAUCCUCGUAAAGGAGAUUAUCUAUUGAAUCGCACUCAUUCUACAGAAGGUAUCGCGUCCAAGUUAUCGUUGGAACUGAAGAAAAAGUAUUUACUCGGUGCUACAGGCGGCGGAUCCGUAGUGAAGUCGGGAUCAGCAUCGAACGUGGAUACUCAAUUGAGAAACUUCACUGAUGCGAUUUCUCAACAUCAAAAGCUACUGAAUCCGGCGCCAGAGCCGAGUCCCACGAUGCAAGCGUUCUUGCAAGGAACUAGUAAACUGCGAUCGAACAAUACUCAACUAUCUCCUAUAUCGCCCACGGCUAUGUUCUCUUCAUCACCGAUGAAACCGUACACCGCCAAUCGUCCCAUUCAGAAUUUAUUAAACAACGAUAAUCCCAUUUACAAGGCGACGAUAUUGCCUGAAAUAUCGAAGACCCAGUUACCAGAUCUAGUGAAAGAAACCAGUAUCUUGAAGUCUAAGACUUCACCGAACAUCGUCUGCGGUGAAUCCAAAGACGUGACGAACAAAGAACUGACGAAGGAACAAGUAUCAUCUAGUCAACUGAACACGAUCAAGACCUCAGAGGUAUUGGAAAAUGCGAAAAACUGCCAAAAUACCGAGAAUAAUCAUAACACAGAAGAAAAUAAUGGUUUUCGACCGCGGAGCCCCUUACACGAAACGUCUAUCAUCGUACCGCAGGUCAUUUGGAAUAAAAAUAAGGAAGAAGCGAAAGAGGCUGCCGAGAGCACCGGCGACUCGGAGAUGGACAGUGAUUCUCUGUCUUCCGGUGAUGCUGAAGCGGAAGAAGGAGCACAGAAGCAAUCAGCGUUGACUGCGAACUUGUCCCCGCCACGUUUACAAAUUCACAGUACAGAUGGUGAUCUACUGCUGGAUGAAGAAGCCGACCAAUGUAAAGAUUUCGACGAAGCUCAGAACUUUGAGCCGGACUCCAUAGAAUGCUCGUUUCUACGAGACAAAGAAUUAAACAAGACAAGCACUGCGAAUCCUUCUCCGUUUCCUUUCUCGAACAAAACCUCGAUGGAACUGGAGCUAGUAAAGAACGAGAUCGAGCAACUGGAAUUGCAAGACGACGGGAAGAAAAGCAUUAGCAAUUGCAGCACUCCUACGUCGAUAGCAUCCGCUAUAUCUAACAAGCACGAUGACUCCGAGGAGAAUGAUAUUACCACUGCUGCUCUGACUGAGACAGAAUUCUCUGAAUGGGCCCGCGACGGAGAAGUUCUGGUCUCGGACGAUCUACAGGACGUCGAAUUUAAUAUCAAUCCAGAAUUCAUAACUACCAGAAAGAAAAGUACAUUGUCGGACGCCUCGAGGAGAAAUUACGCUUCGACUAUGAUAGCCAAACAGGAAGAUUUGACCGACAUGGACUUGGAUUCCAUUAAAUCUGACAGACAGUUGAACGUGCCUAUUAACGACACUUCGAAAUUAUUGGCUAACGGUGAAAAUAUCGAUUUCAUGGACACUGAUAACGAAUCGCUGUUGGAUGAUAGUUUACAAGAUGCUUCUAACAUGGCCUUGUUAAAAAAUAGGGGGUAUGUAGAAUUUGUGAACAUUAGAAGCACUCCAAUGCUGCUAGCAUCGCGCGAUAAAUUAACUGCCGACGCUCCUAUUGCAAAGUUAGACAUAGAAAAUGACUCGUAUUCAGAGGAAGAAGCAUACGAUGCUAGAAACGUGGUACAAAUAAAUCCAGUUGUAAUGGAUGAUGUUAUAAACAAAUUAAACGGUGCUGUAAAUAAAUCGAAGAAUGAUAGUAAGGAACCCACUGAAUUACAAUCGGAUCAACAAGAAGAGAAUCUUGUAGAAGCAGUAAACAAAGAAUUGUACCAAUCCAUGGAAGAAGAUAGUUUACUCAUUGUCGAACCAGCCGAGGAUACUACGACCAGCGAAGUAGUUACGAUACUUGCAAGUCCUGUGAAUCCGCAAGUUUUGAUCGUUCCGACCGAGUGUCAAGAAAAGGAACCUGAAGGGGAGAAGGAAACAAGAACGGCAGCUGAUUCGAGUAAUCCUGAUUAUCUUGAAUACGUGAAGCGUCUACAGUCGAGAAUUGCUGAAUUCAGCAACGCGAAAGAUUCCAUAGAUGUUAGAAAAUCGAAGAGAAAGAAUUCGAAGAGCUCGUUGCAAUCCCGUGCCGCUGAGAUGAUAGCGGAGGAAAUAAAGACUCAAGAAACUGUCAACAGUUUCAAUUCUCCGGCCACUUCUAGAAAAUUGGAGGAAAUCACAAGAGAGAGAUCCAAGCAGAAGAACGUGAUUCAAGAUUUACUGAUGGACAAGGUCGAGGCACAUAAGCAGAAAUCCGCGGAGAAGAAAGCGAGAAGAGCCGCUAGGGCUUCGUCAUUCACUUCCGCUCCCGGAUUGUCGCCGAUAAGACCUCCCGUUCCUAGCGGUUCGUCAAUUAAUAAGUUCGUACCGACGUCCAUAACGACUCCCGAGAACAGUCCCUCGCGUACUCUAUUUACUGAGACUAAAAUGACCGAGGGAAUCGGAUCGUUCCGUGAGGAUCAACCAUUCGAUUGGAAACCGGAGACCAAAAAGAUUGCGAACGACGAAAGUAGCGAUGCUCAGUUCUCCGAAAGUAAACUACAUAAGACAGAGAACAAUAAAGAGAACUUUGUAACACCCGUUGCGCCUCCGAGAUUGAAACACGAGGAAGCGAAGAGAACCGCAGAGAAAGCUAGGCAGGAUGCCAGAGAGAGAGCCAGAUUGAAAAGCGACGAGGACUUGGGUCUCAGUCCGGAGGACAAAAUCAAGGAACUGAGAAUGAAAGUGGCGCGAAGACAGUUGUCUAUGGAAGAAAGAAGAAGCAAAGAAGAAUCGCAGCCUGAACCCCGAAUGAGACUUUAUAGUUCCGGAACGAACAAAACUGGACUGAAAUUGCAUACGAGCAAGAGUACGGAUAAUAUGAAAGCCGUGUCCGAAGCGAUAAACUUCGCCGGGCUGUCAGCAGUAAAUGCAAAGUCGAUGGAUGAACUGUUGAACGUCGAUCCUUCGAAAUCUACCAACUCGGCGACUGUUGUGAAAAGAGACAAGAAACAGAAGACGAAAGAUCCGGAGAGAAGGAAGAGCAUCAUACAAGCGGUCUCAGAUUUCUUCUUCAAGAAAGAAUCGUCACCCUCGCCGUCCAAUCAAAAGGACAAAUUAUCCAUGUUCCGUCUAACGUCGAAGUCGAAAGGCAAAUUAUGUAAAUCGUAUUCGGAAGGGUCUGAUCUUGAUAAAGUCCUGUCACCGAAGAUUAACAUUAGACCGAAAAGUGUUUGCGAGGGUAUGCUUUCGAGGAACUUCCUAAAUGAAAAUCCGCCACCAAUUCCACCGCCACCUCUUAAUUACACCAUUCCUACUACACAAAUCUCAGACGACAGUUUAUCAGAGGACGACACAAAAACAACCGCAGUGUCUCAAUCGUGCAUGCAAAAAGCGACGAUAACCGAAGGUUCGUGCAACAGCAUUUCGCGUAAAACGAAAACUACAAAACGGAUCGCUAGACAAGCGCAAUUGAAAAGGUUGCGCAUGGCCCAAGAAAUACAGCGAAAAUUGGAAGAAACAGAAGUCAAACAAAGAGAACUAGAAAGUAGAGGUGUAAGCGUUGAGAAAGCUCUUCGCGGAGAAGGCGAAUGCUCCGAUCGAGAAGAAGCCGACUUGCUCAGAGAAUGGUUCGAUCUUAUGAAAGAACGUACGGAACUACGUAGGUAUGAGAAAGAACUUCUGGUACGAGCGCAAGAAGUGCAACUCGAAGAUCGCCACGACAGAUUGCAACAGGAAUUGCGCGAACGCUUGGCUGACGAUGAUGACAAGAAAACCAGUGCCGAUGUGAAGAAGGAAGGAGAGAUUCUAACAGAAAUGUUAGAAAUAGUCGCAAAGCGGGAUUCGCUGAUCGCCCUUUUAGAAGAAGAGCGACAAAGGUGCUGUAACUCUCCAUACCAAACGUUAACUCCUUUUCCUAUACGUACUACUUCCUAUUCCUCGCACGGGCCUAACUUUACUUCACACGAUUCGGACAAUACAUCCGCUGUGUUCACUUUGAUAGUCAUUUUCAUCGCGUACGUGUUGUUGACUAACGUGAUAGAACUGUUUAUUAAUUUUUAUGAGUCACUAACGCUUUUUAGAGUUUCAUAAUCUUUUCUUUUAAAUUGUUAUAUACUCUUAAUUUGCAUUUAUAUAUAUUUUAUGAAUGAGUUAAAAAGCAUUCAGCAUUUAUAGUAGUUUUACUUAAUUAAUUUUAGAUAUGAUCUCGCAUUUACAUAUCCAACCUUGGAACUGUUCGUGUUCUAAUAAUCUUGUGCAAUGCAUUUUGUUAUUGACAUUUUCCUGUUAGAAUAUCGUUUACAUCUAUUUCAUAAAUAUACAUAUCGAUUAUACAGCGAUCACAAUUUUAAGAUUAUAAUGCACGCAAAAAUGCAUGGUAUAAGAAAGUUGAAUUUUACACUUCGUAGAUUUUGAUCACGAUCAUCAAUUAUGCGCAUGACAUUCACGUACACAUCUCUUCUUUUUUUGUUAUUUUGUUAUGUACAUUUUUUUGCAUUGUUAUAUGAAGUGAUGUAUCAAUACACGCGACUGUGUCGUAGUGCAAGAGUGAAAAUAUUUUUAUUGUAUUUGAAAUUAUACUUAUUGUUAAUCACCUACAGGCGAGAAACUAAUUGUUAAAUUUUUAAAUGCUCAUCAAUUAUUAACUUCGAAGAGAAUAAAAUAUAUUACUGUAUGUGUUUAUGGUAAUUUUUUCCUAAACACAUACGUCCGUUACAACGGUAAGAACCAAAGGCUUAUGAUCGCGUUCAUUUUACGCGACGUCCAUUGCUUGAAGAUUUUUGUGAAGGAAUGGAAGUAUAUCGUAUAUGAUUUUACUAACUUGGAACAGACAAAUUUUACGAGAAGUAAAUACGAUUACACAUGAAAGUACUUUAAUAUCAUUUGUUGCUUCUCUCAUAUUAAUUGCCACAGUGUUACAUUUGCACGAAACAAGGAUGUAUCAUAUUUAAAUUCUGUCAUAACACGUAGUUAAUGGAAGCAUAAUUUUC